AUGUCCUUUGACAAAGACCCGAACGUUGAAGUUGUGCGUGAAUACAAUGGUGCAGUCCAUAGUCUAGACCAUGCGCAACAGCCGUGGUCACCUGAGACCGGUCUCCAUGGUCCAUCCGAUGCUAUAAGCGCUGCCUAUCAAUAUAUUCUUAAGGUCGCAGAUGACUACCAAAUUCCUCGGGACGUCCUUGGUGAAACUCCCACCAAGCUCUCGGAACCCGCCAGUGACACAGGCGCUCCAUUUGGCCUCACAUUAGCACAGGCAAGGCCUCGGUUUAGGAGCACAGCAGUGACCUACCAGCAAACGCUGAGAGGACUGCCUGUGUGGGACGCCAAGCUUAGCGUCAUUGUGAACGAGGAGAACCAGGUAAUCAACUCGUCCAGCAGCAUCGACACAAACGCCUCCGAACCCGGUCCCCUCCCGGAUGAUGCUAAAUACAUGAAAAACGCUGUUACGGAGGAAGAUCUUGGCCAAUUGUUGGCGCUUCCAGUACGCGGAGGUGGAAUUUACUUCAAACCAGAGCAAAAGCAACAACACCUUCUUGUCUAUCGCUACCACAAGGAUGAUAGACAGGAGAUAGCUGGGGAUUCUGCACCCACCUUAGUUUUACCUGAAGUCCCCGAAACGAUCAGAGAUGGACAGUAUUAUGUGGUGAGAGAAGUUCUUUUCUCUCUCCCGAUCUCUGGAUAUGGUGACCUCAACUGGAGAGCAUUGAUUGAAGUCAAGACGGGCUCUAUCGUCUACUUGCAGGCUCUCACAGCUGGUCUCAUUGGCUGGGUGUUUGCCCAAGACCCUGCUACAAAGCUCGGCCACAAAGCUCCCGCAGCAAAUGGCAACAAUGCUGACUUGAACCUGCUACGUGACAAAGUUUUCCUUCCUGACAUUGUUCCGACGACCCCUCAAUCUCUCAAGGGCAGAUAUGCUGAAAUUAAAGAAAUGCAAUUGCCUACGAGUCUGCCCCCAACGACAUCCAAUGGUGAAUUCAAUGAUAGCGUUGAGACAGACAAGUUUGCGGCUGUCAGUGCAUACUAUCAUAUUACAAAGUUGUUCAGGCUUCUGGCCGAGCUGGGUUUCCCGGUUAAAACGUUCUUUGACGGCACCAAAUUUCCCGUCCCUGUUGAUCACCGUGGCUUCAACAACCAGGUAAAUGCUCAAGCCCCGGGAAAUGCGACUGGCAAUGGCUCCGGAGGAUUUAUUUUCGGCCGGGCUGAUGAUCAUUCGACAAUUGGUAUUGCUGCGGAUUUCCGGGUCGCUGCACACGAGUUCGGCCAUGCACUUUUGUGGGAUGCUAUACACUGGCCAGGAUUUGGUUUCGCUCACAGUCCUGGAGACUCACUGGCUGCCAUAUACUGUGAUCCUGGAAGUGAUGCACAAGAUCGAUUUGAUACAUUCCCUUGGAGUGUUAUCCGUCGCCGCCAUGACCGCGAAGUCGCUGAUGGCUGGGCAUGGGAUGGACCCCAAUAUAGGCCUAAUCCAGAUCUUCCCGAUAUCGGCCUCUACCGUCGCGAGCAGGUUCUAUCAACCACUCUUUUCCGUCUCUAUCGGGCCAUUGGUGGAGAUGCGAUCGGUGAUCGCCACAAGCAGAACUGGGCAUCGAGGUACACCCUCUAUCUGAUCUUCGGAGGCAUCGCUACCAUCACAACAAGGGCCGAACUGCCGUACCAAUAUGUCUCUGCAAUGAUUUCUGCGGACAACGGUACAGUGCUUGGCUACCCUGGUGGUGCUGUCAGGAAGAUUAUCCGCUGGUCAUUCGAGAAACAAGGCCUUUAUCAUCCUCUAAACACCCCAGCACCCGGGGUCAUGACAAGAGGGCCACCUCCAGCUGUGGACACGUACAUCGAUGACGGCAGAGAUGGCGAGUACGACUAUGCUCCUAUGUCUGGUAACCCGUCAAGUAUCUGGAAUCGCCAGGCUCCAGAUGGUAUUUUGAUCAACCAGGCUCCCAUUGCCGGUGCUACAAACUACUGCUAUGUCGCGGUGAAGAACCGGGGAACAGAAAAUGCGCAGAACGUUCAAGUCACUAUAUAUGAGUCUAAUAUCCCAGAGCCAACGACCUGGCCGACCCACUUCCAAACACCGGGCACUGUUAUUCAAAUUAGCGGGUCUCUCAGGGGAAAUCGACAGCAAACUGCUAUUGCUGGGCCAUUCCGAUGGACGCCCAAGUCGGAUGUCUCGUUUGAUAGGCAUAGCUUGCUGGCCGCUGUCCGUGCUGAUGGUGACCUCUCCAAUAUUGAUGCAAACAGCGGCUUGGCAUGUGCAAUCGGGCCCACGGCUGUCGAUAACCUCGUUCCCUUUGAUAAUAAUUUGGCAGUGCGGCACUUUGAACGGUAA